CACCACUCCCCCUCCGGCCUCCCCGCCUCCGCUUCGGCGAUACGGGGCACACUAUCCACGAACCAUCCGCCCGUCGCCGCUGGCGUCACAUCCGCUCUCUCGCUCGCUCCGGGCUUAUCACCGCGUCUCGGCGAGGAGGAGAGGAGGGAUAGCCGAUAGCUCCUUCCCACCGAUCGGCGGUGGCGCGGUCCCGGGAUCCUGAUCUCUGCUCCGGAUCAUUUCGGUCCCGUGUAUCUGUAUCCUCUGCUGUCCUCUCUCCCCCCUCAAUUCAAAAGUUCCUUCGCUUUUCCGAUCCGUCCCUGUCACCUCGGUUCUCAUCAUCCGCCCGCGUCUUAAUUGCGGCCGGCGUCCAACUAGCCAGUCCCAUCUUCCUUAUUUGGUUCUUCUUUUCCCGUGUUUCUGUCACACGGAUCGGGUGGGAAACAUCGAGCUGGAGGGAAACCGUGUUUCGUGUGCAGCCUUCGCUUCUUCCAUCGCCGUUUCCUUGGAGCGGCGUCUCGCCGUCCUGUUUAUAGAAGCCCCCCUUCUUCUUGAUCGAUUCUGAUUGGUCUUGCAUCUCUUCACGCCAGAAAUUUAAAGCUUUCUUUGUUUGGGCUUCGGAGCUAUAAAUCUUGAAGCUUCCUUACUCCGAUUGCAGUCCGGUCCCAAGCCAUUGCAUCCAGGUGACCAGGAGGCCUGGUGUUUGUCUCUCCAGCUCCGAUCGAUUGGUCGCUGGGAGUUGACGGUAGAGAUCUUGCCAGGCUCCGAUCAGCGCGCCGGGGGAGCCGGAUGGAGAAUCUAGCCGCGCUGCGUCCGUGGCUCUGCUUGCUGGCGGCAAUGGCGGCGGCGGCGUCGUGGUCCGGCGUCGCGAGGGUGGAGGCGCUGGGGAUGAACUGGGGCACGCAGGCCACGCACCAGCUGCCGCCCAAGAUCGUGGUGCAGAUGCUCAAGGACAACGGCAUCAAGAAGGUGAAGCUGUUCGACGCCGACCAGAGCACGCUCAGCGCGCUCGCCGGCACCGGCAUCGAGGUCAUGGUGGCCAUCCCCAAUGUCCUGCUCGACAGGAUCACCGACUACGACACCGCCAAGGAGUGGGUCCGGCACAACGUCUCCCGGUACAACUUCGACGGCGGCGUCACCAUCAAGUACGUGGCCGUGGGCAACGAGCCGUUCCUGGCGGCGUACAACAACACGUUCGACAAGGUGACGUUCCCGGCGCUGCAGAACAUCCAGAACGCGCUGGACGAGGCCGGGCUCGGCGACACCAUCAAGGCGACGGUCCCGCUGAACGCCGACGUGUACAUGUCCCCGACGGACAACCCGGUGCCGUCGGCGGGGCGGUGGCGGCCCGACAUCGCGGACCUGAUGACGCAGAUGGUGCAGUUCCUGAGCAACCACAGCGCGCCCUUCACGGUGAACAUCUACCCGUUCAUCAGCCUGUUCCUCAACGACAACUUCCCCGUGGACUUCGCCUUCUUCGACGGCGGCGCGACGCCUGUCCUCGACAACGGCGUGCAGUACACCAACGUGUUCGACGCCAACUUCGACACCCUGGUGGCCGCGCUCAAGGCGUCCGGGCACGGCGACCUCCCCGUCAUCGUCGGCGAGGUCGGCUGGCCCACCGACGGCGACAAGCACGCCACCAAUGUCUACGCGCAGCGGUUCUACAACGGCCUCCUCAAGCGGCUCGCUGCCAACGCCGGCACCCCCGUCCGGCCCAACCAGUACAUCGAGGUCUACCUGUUCGGGCUCCUCGACGAGGACAUCAAGAGCGUGGCCCCCGGCAACUUCGAGCGGCACUGGGGCAUCCUCCGCUACGACGGGCAGCCCAAGUACCCGAUGGACCUGUCGGGGCAGGGGCAGAACGCGAUGCUGGUGCCGGCGCAGGGGGUGGAGUACCUGCCCCGGACGUGGUGCGUCGUCAACACGGAGUCGCCCAACAUGGACAAGCUCGCGGACAACAUCAACUUCGCGUGCACCUUCGCCGACUGCACCGCGCUGGGGUACGGCUCUACGUGCGGCGGCAUGGACAGCAACGGCAACGCGUCCUACGCCUUCAACGCUUUCUUCCAGAUGAAGGACCAGGCGGACGAGGCGUGCGACUUCCAGGGGCUCGCCAGGCCCACACAGACGGACCCCUCCACCAACACCUGCAACUUCACCAUACAGAUCGCCACCACCUCGGCGGCGGCGGGUCACCGGCGGCCGAUCGGCGUGGCCGCCGCUGCCGCCGUGCUGCUGUUCUUGGCGCAGCUGACGAUCCUGCUGCAUUAGGGGAGGGCGUGCGUGCUUGGUUUAGAUAGGCAGGUUUAGUUAUUGUUGAUCUUUGGUUGGUUUUGGUUUUGGGGUUUUGGCAGGGCGCGCUUGCAGAUUAUAGUUCGUUCGUUUGUUGGUUUAAUUUUGGUGAAAAAUAAUUGGUAGGAAGUGUUGUACUGGAGAUAUACAUGUAUACUUCAGGUUCAGGAUGUAUACUGAUUUGAGAUGGUUCGUUUGACACCGUAUGCAAUGCAACAACACUCUGCUGGGCUGCU